AGGUGCCUGUCAGGGCUGAAAAAUAAAGGCAGUGAACAGAGCUCCACGCCCUGAAGGGAAGGAGAAGUUUUACUGCAUUCCUGUCCUACGGCUCCGACACAAUCAUCUGCUAAGGAUUCUUUGGGUCUGAUUAGGUCUGUGUUUAGGACCCCUGACCAGGCCCCGCCUUGAUUUCAGGACCUCAGUGUGUAUGGUUUGCUGUGUGUGUUUUCCGUGUGAGUGUGUGCUAAAACAUCACACUGGAUGGGGUGUGGGCCAGCCAUCUGCAUACGCCUAUUGACCUACACCUCAGCACAUUGUCAGGUACGCAAUGACAUCACUGGGUGAUAAAGACUCUGUCCAGACAGAGAACCUGUUCCAGGGCUCCUGGACACAGGUCAGCUGUCCCUGCUGUGUGUCUGACAGGGUGGAGCCCCUGGUACUCAUCCGGCUCUCAGACAAGGUCCAGCCCAUCACUAAGAAGUGGCUCAUCUCCCUGAUCGAAGCCUCACAAAGACAUGGAGGAGCAGCGUUGUUGGCCCACCCUGGAGAGGAUGAAUGUGGGGAUGUGAUUGUGGUGUCAGCACCUCGCUGCACUCUCCUCAGAGCCACAGAGGACCUGGGUCUCUGUAAGAAAUACCGCAAUGGAGACAUGGUUGCUUUCUCUUACCAGGACAGAGACAACUUCAGCAAUGUUGAUGACAUGCAGGAGUUCCUGACACUAGCAGAGCGUCAGUACAUAGUCAAGAAUGAGCUGGACUCUUUACAGGCCCAGAAGAAGCAGAGAAUCCCAGGAGUCACAGAGGCUACUGGAGUCCUUGAGGCCUGGGGGAAUGUCUGUCAGAAGCUGGAGAAGGCCAGGUUGAUAAAGGAAAUCUUGCCCCUGCAUGACCAGCAGAGACUGAAGGACCUUGGCAAGACCUGGUACUCUCAGAAGCAGAUAUGGGGACAGCCAAUCGAUGCCAUCCACUCUUAUUUCGGAGGCACAGUGGCCUUCUACUUCAGCUUUCUGGACUUCUACAUCUGGGCCCUGGUGCCUCCUGCCCUCCUAGGCCUGGUCCUGACCUUUCUGAUGCCUGGAGGUGGAUCAUCAGGAGAGGCGAUGAAGAAGCAGACCACGGAGAGGGUGAUGGGUGAUGAUGAUGGCCCCUCAGUUAGCGGUCAUAUGGUACAGGCUGUGUUUAGCAUGCUGUGGUCUACACUGUUCAUGGAGUUCUGGAAGCGGCGGAGCUCGUCUCUCUCCCACCGCUGGGGUACGCUGCAGCUGUCUGAAGGCUUCGCCGAGCCCCGCCCCGGUUUCCAUGGCACCCUUGGUAUCAACCCUGUGACAGGCCGCCUGGAGCCGCUGUUCCCAGAAUGGAAGAGGCAGCUGCGUGUGGGCCUGGUGUCGGUUCCUAUAGUGGGGCUGUUCAUGGGGCUGGUGGUGCUGGGCAUGACAGGCUUCUACCAUGGAGAGGCCCUGGCCAAAGGCUUCCAUCAGGACAGAGGCUCCUGGUUCUCCAGGGCUCUGCUCUAUCUGCCCUCCGUGGUCCACAUCGUCUACACCAACAUGCUGGGGAAUGUGUACAGCACUGUGGCCUUGCAGCUCACAGAGUGGGAAAACCACAGAGAGGAGUCCUCCUUCCAGAACCAUCAUACCACCAAAGUUCUCCUGUUUUCUUUCUUUAACAACUUUGCUGUGCUGUUCCACAUUGCUUUCUACAAACAAGACCUACUACUGCUGCGCAAGAGACUUGCCUCUCUGCUAAUCGUGACCCAGCUGGUCAACCAGUGUACGGAGGUAUUGGUGCCAUUCAUAGUGGACUGCUUCCUCAAAGCUACUCAGAAGAAGCAGAAGGAGGAUGACCCAGAGGUGGACAAACUCAGAGCCCAGAGCCUACCACGUUUCCCUGGCCUGUUUUCGGAGUACAUUGAGUUGCUGGUGCAGUUUGGGUAUUUGAGUCUCUUCUCUUGUGUUUAUCCACUCACUGCUGUCUUCCUGCUGAUCAACAAUGUCUUGGAGAUCAGAGGAGAUGCCUACAAAAUCUGCAAACUGUUUCGGAAGCCGUUCUCCGCCCCUGUGUCCAACAUGGGUGUCUGGCAGACAGCGUUUGAGGUUCUGGGUUUUGUCUCCGUUAUAUCUAACUGUUGGCUGCUGCUACUGUCCCCUCGGGUCCAGGAGUUCUGUCUGCAGGGAGGGAUCAGUAGCAAGAAUAUCCUACUGUUUGCCAUCCUGGUUGAGCAUGUGCUGAUCCUGAUCAAGAUGGUUCUAGCUUUUAUGAUCCCAGACGAGCCUGACUGGGUCAGAAUCAAGAGGGAACAAAUGGAGUUUCAGUCUAUGCAAGCACUAGGGCAGCAGAAGCUAUAGAGGCUGUGGAAUCCAUCUGGGGUCGUCUGAGUUUCCUGUUGCUCUUUAAGUGAUGGUCUUGACCUGGGGUCUUUUUAGAAUGACCUGCUGUGACGAGGCAGAUCCAUGGGAUCUGGGAGCCUUGCCAUGAAUAUGCUGUCUAUUCCAAGAAACCAUCUCAGUAUCUCCCUGUGGUCAUAUCGAGAGAAGACUAUUUCGUCAAGGGAGAUUCCAGAGAGACAGGCCAUGGCAGGCUGAUUAGAAGGCAAAACCAAAGAGCAUUGUGUUACCGCAGCUUCUGCUUAAAAAUGUACUGAAUUAUAAGGCAGCUUUGGACAUUGUGUCUGGAUCCCAAAAUAAGCAAGCAGUAUAUUUGCUAAUAUGAUCAUAUUCCCACUGAAUCAUAUUUUUUACAUUGACUAUUAUGUUUUACGGCACAUUGCAGCACAACUGAGACCACUUAGAGAUCACCAUCUACAAACAUAUUUGUGUAGCUUUACUAUAUUUAAACAUUUUAAUUGAUAAUCAGCUUGAAACCGCUAGGUAAUCUAGCAGUUUGAACAUCUGACCAGUAAGUGUCUGACUGGUAAAUCGAAUGCCUGAGUUGGCAAUGUGGAAAAUUGGUUGUUCAGUCCCUGAUCAAGGGAGUUAUCCCCAGAUAAUCCCCAGUUGGCCAUGUCAUUGCUUUUGAUGAGAAUUCUCAGUCAAUUUACCUGGUGUAAAAAAAUAUGCUGGAAUUAAUUAUUAUACAUGUAUUUCAUCAUUUAAAUAGAAACAGAUCCAUUGUCGAUGAAUGCAUAAAGUUAGGUUGAUGGUUGUUUUGAAAAAAAUAAAGAAAAUAAUACAAAUCA